CGGCCUUCCUGUCUGCGCCGGCCCUCGGCCUCCAGCGCCGCGGAGCCGGGAAGUGGGAGCUGGAGCGGAGGAGGAGGAGGAGGAGGCGGGGACUGCCGCGGCUCCAGCCCGCUCGGGCUCCGAGGCGAGGGGCUGCAUGGCGCGGCCGGAGCGGCUAUGCGGACUGUGGGCGCUGCUGCUGUGCGCCGCGGUGGAGCGGGGAGCCGCGGCAACAGAAAUUCAGCCACCUGUGACAAAUUUGAGUGUCUCUGUUGAAAACCUCUGCACGAUAAUAUGGACAUGGAGUCCUCCAGAGGGAGCCAGUCCAAACUGUACUCUCAGGUAUUUUAGCCAUUUUGAUGACAAACAGGAUAAGAAAAUUGCUCCAGAAACCCAUCGUUCAAAAGAAGUCCCCCUAAAUGAGAGGAUCUGUCUGCAAGUGGGGUCCCAGUGUAGCGCCAAUGAAAGUGAAAAGCCUAGCAUUUUGGUGGAGAAGUGUAUCUCACCCCCUGAAGGUGAUCCAGAGUCUGCUGUGACUGACCUCCAAUGCAUUUGGCAUAACCUGAGCUACAUGAAGUGCUCCUGGCUCCCUGGAAAGAAUACAAGCCCUGAUACACACUAUACUCUUUACUAUUGGUACAGCAGUCUGGGAAAAAUUCUCCAGUGUGAAAACAUCUAUAGAGAAGGUCAACACAUUACUUGUUCCUUUAAACUCACUAAAGUGGAUUCGAGUUUUGAACAGCACAGUGUUCAAAUAAUGGUCAAGGAUAAUGCAGGAAAAAUUAGGCCAUCUUUCAAAAUAGUGCCUUUAACUUCCUGUGUGAAACCUGGUCCUCCACAUAUUAAAAAUCUCCUCUUCAAAAAUGGUGCCUUAUAUGUGCAAUGGAAGAAUCCACAGAAUUUUAGUAGUAGAUGUUUAUCUUAUGAAGUGGAAGUCAAUAUCAGCCAGUCUGAGACACAUGGCAUUUUCUAUGUUGAAGAGGACAAAUGCCAGAAUUCAGAAUCUGACAGAAAUGCAGAGGGUUCAACUUGUUUCAUAGUCCCUGGUGUUCCUCCUGAUACUUUCUACAAAGUCAGAGUAAGAGUCAAAACAAAUAAGUUAUGCUUUGAUGAUAAUCACCUCUGGAGUAAUUGGAGUCAAGCAGAGUGUAUAGGCAAGGAGCCCAACUCCACAUUCUACAUAACCAUGUUACUCACCAUUCCAGUCAUCGUUGCAGGAGCAAUCAUAGUCCUCCUGCUUUACCUGAAGAGGCUGAAGAUCAUUAUAUUUCCUCCAAUUCCUGAUCCUGGUAAAAUCUUUAAAGAAAUGUUUGGAGACCAAAAUGAUGACACCCUGCACUGGAAGAAAUAUGACAUCUCCGAGAAGCAAUCCAAAGAAGAAACGGAUUCUGUAGUGCUGAUAGAAAACCUGAAGAAAGCUUCUCAGUGAUAGAGAUACUUUUCCUUUUUAACCUUCAAUGCAACCUUUUGAAGAUCCCUUGCAUUCUCCAUUUGUUAUCUGAGGACUUGUUAAAUACAAACUGAAACUACUGGACCCUUGCAAAGCAGGCAGCUCAUGAGAGCUACAGGUCUUUAUGUGAGUCUUGCACGGAAAACUGAAACUAAUAGGCCCUUUCAAGAAGAAAGUGAAGUCGUUCUCAUUGAAUCUAAAAAGCAGACAUCCUUUACCAUGUCUCCAAACUAGAGGACAAAGCAGAAAGGGACAUGACAAUAGGUUAAUCUUAUCAAGAGUUGUGACAGCUUCCUAAGAAAUCUGUGCUUGCUCUGUAUUUUUUGUGGGAAGUAACAUCAAGAAAUUUUAUUUGUAAGGAAACUCAUUUUGGGCGUGAAUGCUAAUGCUGAACUUGACUCACAGAGAACAUCUAGCCAACAAACUGAUACAAUCUGGUACCUCUUGUUUGAGAUCCUAUUCAGUAAUGUUUGUGGCUAUGGAAACUCUUAACAGUCUGGUAUCAUCAUCCACUUCAAUAGCGUUUUCCUCUGCUUUGAAACUCCCAGUGAUAAUCGUGGCAUGAUGGUGACCUGUACAGAAAAGGCAGAGGCAGUUUCUUUACCAAGACUGCUUUAUGCCAUUGCAGGCUUUUAAAGAAAAUGGAGGCAGAAUUACGUACUUGGUAUUACAGUUGGAAGCAAGAAGUCUCUAAGGAUGUGUUUUCUCCCUUCAUUUUGGCUGCUUAGAUCAGUAUUGACUAUGUGUCUAGCUUGUGCUAAGCCCCUGAGCAUGAGGUAUGGGACCGCACCCCCAGGGUUUACAGUCUAGUUGGGACUCCUUUCUUCGCAAUUGAUCUCCCUAGUACUAAUCAUUUCCCAGACUUUUCAAUUUCCCGUCUCCUGUGCUUACUUCCCCCUAUGGCUUCUCCCUCAUUCUCUUUCUUUUAGCCCUUUGACUAUCAGUGGAAUUUGAGAUCCAAAUCCCCUUAGACUACCCAGAGGAGCAGGAAUAAUUUGCAUCUCAGGUAAAGGAUGAGUAGACUGAACAACAGUGUCUAAUUCUUGCAUAUUUUGCAACUUCUAUGUGAGCCUGUAAUUAUUUGAGGGUUUUCAGUGUUUCUCUGUGUACUUUCUAAGUAGAGAUGAGGUAUUUUCUUCAUUUAGAAGUUAGCUCUAUAUGAUUGAAGGAAAAAAGAACAUUUGAUUCCGUGUCUCUUUGUUUUGGAGAUGGGACCUAGGAUUACUGUUUUCCAUGCUAUAAAUGGUUAAAUAGAUUCUCUGUUUUAUUGAUGAUAGUGAACCAACUGGGGUUCCAACUAUAUGUCAUUUUGGUAUGUGUUAGGGUUCCAUUCACUCCCAUUCCCACAACACACACACAUAUGACCUUUAUUGCUACUACUUCCUAAAGAGAGAAGUAUCCCCCUUCUCUCUUCAUACAUACACACAGGUUACUAGCAAGAACUGUAGAACUUUAUAUCAGAAAUUCUCCAGACACUAACCAGUUCAUUUUAAUACGAUGAUGCUACUUGAUCUCUUGUUCUUAAGCAGGAAAGAUAAGAGACCCUGCUCUCCAGAGGUUUGAGAGAAGGUGACACCUUGCUUCCAUGGUACUAGAGGAGCACUGCACCCUGACAUUUCAUAAAAUUGGGUUCAUAGUAGUGAUUGGUGCAAAGGUGUUUCUUCCCUGUGUUUUUAUUUUGGAAGUCGGAUUGAGGCUGAGAUUUAGACAUAGUAGAUGUUCCACUUUGUUCUGGUAUUCACUAGAAAGAAUUCGUAUGUUUCUUGUAUGAGAAUGAAAUAACUUCUUAUGUAGGUCUUUAUAAUCCUGGGAAGCAAAAUACUGAAAUGCCUGACCCAGAGCCACUUUUCCUGCGAGCCUAUUUUGAUGGUGUUGAGGAAGAUGCUUUAAAAUGCCCCAGGGGACCACCCAGGCUAACAGUAAAAUAGCUGCAGGGGGUGGGGAAGAAAAGAACAGUAAAUUAUAGGAAUACCUAUCAUUGGUUAACAAUGGCCAAAAGCAAUCCCUGGAUCUCAGGCGCUCUUAAGGACAUCAGCACUUUAUUUGUAGGAAGCUUGUAAGUUCAUAUAUUAUUUUGACUAACCUAUUUGUAUUUUUUUCCCAUAUGCCAAGUAAACCACUGUAGGGAGGGUCAUUCCUGUUCUUUCAUUCAGAUAAACCUUUUCUGUAUCUGGGCAUACAGAUACAGAAAUGUGAAAUAUGAAAUAUGAAAUAAUAUUAACUUUUUUGUAAUGUCUUCAGCUAGGAGGUCUUUUGCUUAAAUACUUAUAGGAAAUUAAAUAUAUUAGUUGUCUUUUUGUAUGUCACCUAAAUGUUUUCUUUUGUUCUUAUUUUUGGGAAAAUAUUAUGAGUGGAUGGUAGAGAAAAUGACAGUUAAUAAACAUUGUGAAAAAUA